AUGGCUCGCUUUGUGCGCCCCUGGAACAUCCUUCAAACUCCACUACAUCUGCAGCAAUAUGGACCCGGUCGUGGUGCCUAUUUUGGAAUCGGCUACAUCGAGUUCGAAUCAGGUGGAUUGAACGCCAUCCAAUACGCUGAACAUAUGCGCUAUGCUACAACUCUUUCUGAUCCCUCGGAUUAA